AUGCUCGACUCCGAUUUCUCUACAGACGUGCCGAUGUGGUUUCCAUUGGACUCGUUAGAGGACCAGGCUUUCGCUCUAGGCUCGGAGCUUGUCGGCGAAGACUUGUACGGGAACCAGCUGGGUGUCAAUGAAUUUGACCUGUCGUCUGCCCAUUUGUUGAGCCUGGAGCUUUGCGCCGACUAUGAGUCGGCAAUGGCACAAGCUGCUUCGGACCAAUUUCGGGUUCCCCAUGUAUCAGGGAUUCCUGAUACGCCAGCCUCCUCAGGAUUCGUGGAUAAACUGACCUCGAUAUUUGAAGAAUCCACUUUCAACACUACCCCCGAUUCGAAGUCUUUCCCCGCCCACCUCUCCCUCGAUGACCUUCUCCGUUCGACCUCCCAAUUAGCCACCGAGCGAGCCCUCUACAUGAACAUUCCGGGAGCUAUCUCGUCACCACAGUCGUCAUCGCACGAUAGCCUCAGCGCUGGGCCCCCAUUCGGCCAAUCGCCCAUUACGCAAGAGCCCUGCAGCUCGCCGGGAAUGAGCCAUCAAUCAUACAGUGGGAGUGAGGGAGACUGGGAACGGGAGUGCAAUUUGAGAGAGCCCGCACAGUACUAUCGGCUUCCAGACAUGGGACUGUCGGACAGCCUGCCGCUCCCUCCUUACCCCCUCGACGGGAUGAUGAUGUCUGAGCCUCCGUUCAACGACCCACACCCACCUACUAUUACGUUGCAAGCAGGUUCGGAGCAAACUUGCAGCCGCGGGGUCAAAGGCAAGGCCAGGGCAGAGUACACUGGAAUGAAUGAUAACAAUGGACUGAAAUCCCCCAAUGCGAUGGAAGGACUGACCCCGCUGGAAAUGCCUGACGGGAGCACCCGGUUCACCGCAAAUUGGCUCCCCGUGGACCCUGAAGGGGGCUUCACAAUCCGAGACCCCUCCGUCGACCAUUUCAACCAUCUCAACGACGACCCUCUGGACAUCGACCCGAUGAUCGAGUGCUAUGCGCAGAAUGCAUUCAUCUCGGUCCCCACGGAUACUGGAUUCCCUUGA